AAUUUACUACAUUUUAAUCGCGGGCUCAAUGAGAUAACUUCGUGUGUAACUUUUAGGAUUUUCCCCAUUUUUCUUUGUGUUUUCUUUGUAUCAAUUUCAGCCAUGCUCCCAGCUUCUUUCUCACGAUUUAUCGGCACACAGAGUACGUGUCGCACCCAGACAACAGUCCUCAGACUCACUGCUGUACGCUGGUAUUCUGCAAAGAAAGGAAAAAAGAAAAAGGCAGGGGGAACUUUGAUGUUCGAUCCCGAGUUGGCUGAAGGACUUGUGGACUUUUCAAAGAUCAAGGCUAAUAUGGAGUCCACUAUUGAUAAACUAAAGCAAGACUAUACUUCAAAAAUAACUGUUCAAAUUUUACCUGAUGCUCUUGAUAACAUAAGGGUCACCACCAGAAGUGGGAAAUCCACUCUUGCCGAGUUGGCUGAGAUAAGAAUGAAAGGAGACAACAUGUUUGUGAUUGACAUGUCUAGUUCCCCUAAGGAUACAAAGGCAGCAGCCCAAGCAAUAAAAGAAUCAAGAAUAAACUUUGAACCAGUAGUUGAUAACACCACCAUCACUAUCUCUAUUCCAAAAGUUACGCAAGAAUAUAGACAAGACUUGGUGAAACUAGCUCGCCAAGCUUGUGAGCAAUCCAAACAAAACCUGAGAAGAGUGAGACAAAAGGGCAUGGCUGAUGUGAGGAAAAACAAGCAGGGAAGAUCAGAAGAUGAGGUGAAACAAGUGGAAAAAAUGAUUCAGCAACUUACGGACGAGUAUUCCAGUGACACAGACCUUCUCGUUGAAGAAAAGACUAAAGAACUGUUGAGGAAAUAGCAUGUUAUUAAUUCCUGUGGUGAUAUGUGAGUAGAAAACAAAAACUUUUACUGCCAGGAGUAUUGCCAGAUUGGCUUGGAAUGACUAAAACUGAAAUUUGCCUUAGAAUACAAAGCACUCUCUUGGAGGUAUUGUAGGUGUAGAUAGAGAUGAAGUGCUCAUGGUACCACUUGUGUUGCCAAGCCAGUUUAAAGCUGCAUUGUCGCCAGUUUACUUCCGGAGGCCCGACGGAAACCUCAACCAUUAAAAGACAAAAGAAUCUAUUAAAAUCCGAGAUAAUAAACAGGCCAUCCGCUCUUAAUUAUCAAUCACAUCCUCAAAGAAACACUGCUUUCAAUAUUUUGAAAUAUUUUUCGCGUUUUGUGUUAAAAAUCACCGGAUAUUGUUACGUAAUCGACCGGACGUAAACUGGUGACAAUGCGGCUUUAAACACCAACUCAGCUGGGAAUCACACCCAGUCCACACGGUUUUGUACAUGGUCACAUUGCUCUCUUACGCCACUGAGGUUUCGAGUUGUUUUGGGUGAGGAAAAAAAUCUCUAGGACCCAACUAGAGAUACCACCAGAAAACCUCAAUUUUGUUCCAGUUCGAGUUUUUAACAGGCCAUCCGCUCUAAAUUAUCGAUCACAUCCUCAAAGAAACUUCCAAUAGACACAUUGCUUUCAAUAUUUUGAAAUAUUUUUCGCGUUUUCUGUUAAAAAUCGGAGAUUGUUCUGUAAUCGACCGAAAGUAAACUGGUGACAAUGCGGCCCUAAUAUAACUCAGUGUCACAAUGUGUUGUUGAGGAGAGUAACAAUCAUGAAAGCCCUGGUAGCAGUGGCUCCAAGAUACACUAA